CGCAUGUGUUUUGAUAUUGUAGAUUUUGAAGUAUCAAACCUGUUCUAACUGGAGCUGUUUGUUACAGGUAAAGGCUUUGAAAGAGAAGAUUGAAUCGGAAAAGGGGAAAGAUGCGUUUCCAGUAGCAGGCCAAAAAUUAAUAUAUGCAGGUAAAAUUCUUAAUGAUGACACUGCUCUUAAAGAAUACAAGAUUGAUGAAAAGAACUUUGUUGUGGUUAUGGUGACAAAACCCAAAGCAGCAGCUGCUCCAGCUCCAUCCCCAACUACAACUCAGCAGUCAAAUGAUGCCACUACUACUGUUAGUUCUUCUACAAUACCUUCAGCAGCACCCAAACCAGCACCUGCCCCAACUCCUGCACCUGUACCAAUUUCAACACCUGCAGCAGAUCCUCCAACACCAGCUGCAGCAGCUAGUGAAGCAGCACCUGUGAGUGCCCCUGUAGAAGAGAAAUCAGCAGAGAAACCAGUAGAGACACCAGCUGCCACCAGCACAUCAUCUACAGACAGUACAACAGGUGAUACUUCUCGAUCAAAUCUCUUUGAGGAUGCUACAAGUGCACUUGUGACAGGUCAGUCCUAUGAAAAUAUGGUGACUGAGAUCAUGUCAAUGGGAUAUGAGAGAGAGCAAGUAAUUGCUGCACUGAGAGCGAGUUUCAACAAUCCAGACAGAGCAGUGGAGUAUCUUCUAAUGGGUAUCCCUGGUGACAGAGAAAGUCAGGGCAUGGCUGAUCCCCCUCAAGCAGCCAGCACUGGUGCUUCUCCUUCAGCAGUGGCAGCAGCUGCAGCAACUACUACAACUACAACUACUACUACUAGCGCUACAGGAGGAGGACAUCCUCUUGAAUUUUUACGAAACCAGCCUCAGUUCCAGCAGAUGCGACAAAUCAUUCAGCAGAAUCCAUCUCUUUUGCCUGCAUUGCUACAGCAAAUAGGCCGGGAAAAUCCUCAGUUACUACAGUCCUCCCAUGCACCACAGCAAAUCAGCCAACAUCAAGAACAUUUUAUUCAGAUGUUAAACGAGCCUGUUCAGGAGUCAGGUCAAGGGGGAGGCGGCAGCGGAGGAGGAGGAGGAGGUGGUGGUGGUGGUGGUGGAGGAGGAGGAGGAGGAGGAGUAGCUGAAUCUGGAAGCCGUCACAUGAACUAUAUUCAAGUAACGCCUCAGGAAAAAGAAGCUAUAGAAAGGUUAAAGGCACUAGGAUUCCCUGAAGGACUUGUGAUACAAGCAUAUUUUGCAUGUGAGAAGAAUGAAAACUUGGCAGCCAACUUCCUUCUACAACAGAAUUUUGAUGAAGAUUGAAAGGGAGAGACUUUAAAAAAAUCUCACACUUCACACCAGUGCAUUACACUAGCUGUUCACUGGAUUGUUUGGGAUCUUUGGGCUCAUAUCCAUGAUACUUGGCAUAAAGGGGGGGGGGGGGGGGAGAGAAAAAUAUAGAAAGGAUACAUGGAAAGAUAAGCACGUCUGUACUAAAUUGGCAGGUGCAGGAGAUCAAAGUGUAAAAAAAUAUACAACCAAAAAUCAGCUCUUUUUUUUUUUUUUUUUUUGGCAAAUAUUUAGUUCCUUUCUUCUAUCAACUAAGUUCAACCCCUUCCCCCAUUUCCACUCUUUUAUUAGUGUACUAGAUUCCAAAAUUAGUGCAGUGCCCUGCUUUUGUUUCUUUUUAAUUAACCUUGGUCUUGGAGAGAGCAGAGGCUACCUAGAAUCAACAGUCUGUAUUUCAUGGUAACACUGGAUAAUGGCUUCCUGAAUUUAAGAGAGAAUAUAUUUGAGUAACUAUAACAUAUGCCAAAAAUGGAGGUGAUGGGUUUUUUGCAGUUUCUACAAGAGAUCCAUUACUUCACAUGAAGUGCUAGAUUAAAAUUUCAAAUUAAAACCACUCAUUGUUUUAAGAUAAUUGAUCAUUGAUUUUGAGAGAUCUACUCCCUACCCCUUUCUUCAUUUCAUAGUAAACGGAGAGGCUAUAUAUGCAGGUAAAAUCAUUAUUUUGGGCAAAUAAUGCAAGAUGACCUAAUUACUGCUUACUUCAAUGUUGGGUUACAGUAUAGCUUUUAAAACAAUAAACAACAACCAUUGCAUGUUUUGGGUUUGAUGUAUCCUUUUUUGUGAAUUGAGCACUUUUUUAUUGCCAAUGAAGAAAAUGUAAACUCUCCAUCCUAGUGAAAGUAUUUAUGAAGAAAUCAGAUUCCAUCCUACCUAUAUUUUGUUUAGAGUGAAAAUGAUCUGAUGAAUACGGCUGCAAGUAUUUCAAAACUAGGUGUCUUAAAUGCUUGUAAUCUUAUAGUUUCAAUCUCUGGGACUCUAAAGGCUAUUGUCAUUUGUAUUGCUUUAAAAAGGACUGUAAUGUUCCAGUAACUUGGCUUCUCUUCUGUUUAAAAGCAUUGUGAAAAUAUUUUGCUCUUGAAGAGAUGUUCAGGACAUGGGAAACUAGAUGAACAAUCAAGUAUUGGAUCCUUAAAGAUUAUGCACAUCCCCCCCUUUUACUUCCUAUUAAAAGUAACAUCUAAUUGUAAA